UAAAAUGAUAAAUAAAGUAUUUUUAGUGAAAGAUUUCACUGUGGUGGGAAGAAGUGCUUUCGCCUGCUGUGACCAUUUGCUCUGAUUCUCGGCGUCUCGUGUGCUUCUUCUUCUUUCUCUUCACACAAAGUCGCAGAAGUUUUCAGACGUGUCACAGCUGGAUGUGAGGAUGGGACCCACUUUCCUCUGUGAGCUGGGCCUAUUCUUUCUCUGUACGCUCCUCUGCAGCGGACACGCUCAAGAUGCUGUGCUAACUGUUGAACCCAGCUCGACCAUUUUCAUUGGAGAGACUGUUAGCUUCAAAUGUGACAUGAAGGAAGGAAAACACACUGACUGGGAAUACAAAGUCAUGAAGGAUGGUCAAGAAAUUUUAAACUCCAACGCAAACAAAGGCCUCAGUGUAAAACUUGCAUCUACAGUUCAGAGUGGUAAAUACAGCUGCUCUGCUCACAGGACGAGAUCACAGAAAACAAGGAACAGUAACAUCGUCUCUGUAACUGUGAAGGCAGGUAAGCCCAGGGCCACACUGACUCCAGGAUCAACUAUCGUACCAGUAGGGGGCAGUGUGACACUGACCUGCUCUGUGGGGAGCUCUGCUGGCUGGAAAUAUGAGUGGUUCAGACGUGACCAAAACACUGAUGUUCAAAUCAGAACAGAUGAUCAACAAAACAGAGUAAUCAGAGUAUCUCAAGGAGGAAUCUACCACUGCAGAGGAAGAAGAGGAAACCCAGUUUACUACACUGAUAGAAGUGAUGAUGUCACCAUUAAGAUAACCUUUUCCAAUAAGGUUGUUGUUAAAGGACGACCCAGCUGGCCUCAGAUAUUCAGCGGUGAGACGAUCAGUCUGACAUGUGAGCUGCAGGAAGGAGGUGAAACCACUGAGUGGGAGUAUAGAUGGAGAGGAGCCAACCAGACCACACAGUGGACUCACAAUAAUUACUGGAUAUUCAGAGUUUCUGAGUCCAGCAGUGGAGACUACACGUGUAAGAGUCGACGCAGAGAUGACUCAUAUUCUUCAACAGAGUGGAGUGAAGCCUUCAACUUGUCAGCAUCAACUGUGCUCAGUUCGGAGAGCUCUUCAUUUCUAAUGAUUGUUGGACUCAUUUCUGGAAUCACAUUUAUUGUCCUCCUGCUCUUGCUGUAUUACUGCAUGAAGUCCAAAGUGUUUAAUAAAGGUUCAGCUGAUGACCAGAGGGUCAGUCAGGAUGAAGAUCAGCAGCAGGUGUACUCGUCUCUUCUUCAUGGUGAUCGUUGUGUCUAUGAGACAAUCAGAGGCUCUAAAAGCACUGACACUGGUCAAAUAGAAGAUGAUUCAUGUGUGAAUCAGCUCAAAGUGAUUAACAAGACACAGCACCGUGUUGACCCAGAGGAGAGCUCUGACUAUUGUGAUGUCAAUCCAAAUUCAACCCCAGGUCCAUAAAGAGCAGCUCACCAUCAACAGAACGAGGAAAGUGACUGAUGACAACAGCUUCUGUUGAGGAGACAAUAUGACAGGUUUUACAUCACAUUAUAGCCAAACGUCUAAAAUAUUUUUAAAAUUUGUCUAUUUAUUUAUCUGGGAGCAUUUAUAGCUUUUAUAGAAAAUAUAUAAAAUGUAGAUUGCGUAACAUUUGAUGCAGCAAGAAAACAUUUGAAACAUGAUGUUUAGCAGCUAAUAAUCUGGUUUUAAAUUCAGCUUUUGCUGUGUUAAAGGCAGGUAACAGUGAAUAUUAUUGCUGUAUGUGACCUCCUACAUUAUAUCAGACUUAAUGAUGCAACACAUGCUGUAUGGAUUUGAAUGUAUCAGUGAAUGUAUUUUGUAUGUGUGUGUUUUUAUUUCUAGCUAUGAGCAGCAUUUCUGUUGUAUCCUACAUCAUGUUUGCAAAA